AUGGCUCACUCCCACACCCCUACAAUUUCAUCUCCCCUAGCCAGCUCUGGCCCAAGACCGACAACGGGUAUUGUCUUUGGUGCCGCCGGAUGCAUCCCAAAACAGUGCAUCUUCAUCAACCUUGCACAAGCUCGGCAGUCUCCUCACUACACUACCAGCGCCACCCACCAAUACCGCUUCACCUCCAAGGGAAUCGCGCUCUUUGCUGUCAACGGUACCAACUUUCACGUCCAGCCCAUCACGGAGGAUGAUGAGGAUGAUGUCCAACCACUCUGA